UGUUUAAAAAAUGUCUUAUCCUUGUUUAUCUUUUUUCCCCCAAAGAAACAGGCGUGUUUAGAUCGCUCUCCCCGGUUCCUGAGCUCCAGGAUGAUUUCUCGCUUGCACUCUCCAGUCAACAGACUGUCUCAGGGCCAAAUCCGGGGCUCUGGUUGGGCAACUGGUUCGUCUCACAGCAGCAUUCUGGGAGGUAAUGGAUCGUUUGGGCAGCAGAAGUCCUCCCACGGCCUGGUGCUUCAUCCCAAAGGAGAGCCCCGCAGGGGGCACGGAAGAGGUGUGAGGCUGCGAGGAGGAGGAGCGGGACGCGGCAUCAGAGGUGGAGGGAGACACCACAAGCCGGAGGAGGACAGCGAGGACAGCAGCAGCAGCAGCACCAACAGCAGCAGCAGCGAGGAAGACGACGAGGAGGAGGAGGAGGAGAUGGAGGAAGAGGAGAUCGGGCUGAACAACGGGAGGGUGGGGGAUAAAGAGAACCGGCCGCAGUCGAGGCGAGGGCAGCCCGCCACAGAACAGGACGAGUGUGGAAGUGGACUGGGCAACCAAAACGGAGGAGAAAAGGAUGACGAAGAGGAGGAAACGGAGUACGACAUUCCAAAAGGGGACAAAGACGGCUCGUUCAUUAAAGUGACGCUUCAAAAGCCGCCCAGAGCAAAACAGGACUCCUCAGCGAUCGUCCCGAAAUUAGAGGCCAUCGCCCCUCAAACUGCAGCUUCUGCAGCAGCCAACCAGAGCAAAGCCCUCCACAGACCCCCCAUCAGAAAUCGAGGGCCUUGUCCGGACCGAAACACAAACCGGGUGACGCCGCCGCGCACUCGGAGCAGACACACAGACUCUCAUUCUUCCAACCCGGACAGGCUGGAAGCAUCAAAACAAACGAGAUCGACCAGACCAGCUAAACUUAGCAACGGCGCUUCCUCCUCUUCAUCGACUGAGCUUCAUCAUCUCAGAGUCCCCCUCUCCGCCCUGCAGGAAGGAGGGGGGGACGCGGACAGGGAGAGCUGCGGGGGCGGGCCGACCUGUGAGAGGGAGGUCUGGGUCUCCGUCUUUCGCUACUUGAACCGAACGGAUCUGUGUGUCUGCAUGGCGGUCUGCAAGAACUGGUACAAAUGGUGUUUAGAUAAAAGGCUCUGGGCCCGAAUUGACCUGAGCAUCAAGCGCACUGUGACCCCUCAGGCCCUCACAGGCAUCAUAAAGAGACAACCCGUCACACUCGACCUCUCCUGGACGAACAUCUCCAAAAAACAGCUCAACUGGCUGAUUGGCCGCCUGCCUGGACUAAAGGACUUGAUGCUGUCCGGUUGUUCCUGGUCGUCGAUUUCAGCUCUCUGCUCCACCGGCUGUCCUCUCCUUCGCUCUCUGGACCUGCGAAACGCGUACGGCGUCAAAGACGCACAGAUCAGGGAAUUGGUCAUACCUCCAGGCUGUGACAACCGCAGCCAGCUGAGGAGCAUGCAGUGCUUGCGGCUUGCAGGUCUGGACAUCAGCGACCCCACUCUGCGGCUGGUGAUCCGCCACAUGCCCCAUUUAACUAAACUGGAUCUGUCCCACUGCAACAGCCUCACCGACCACUCCAUCAACCUGCUGACCGCGGUCGGCUCGUCCACCCGGAACACGCUGACCGAGCUCAACCUAGGAGGCUGCAGCAAACUGACUGACGCGUGUUUGAAAUAUCUGCGCCGCCUGUCGUGCAUCUCUCUGCUCGACCUGCGAGGCUGCAAAGGAGUCUCCAGAAAGGCCUGCGAGGCCUUCAUCUCUGAGCUGUCGGUCAACACACUCUACUGCCUAUCAGAUGAGAAACUGAUCCAGCGGAUAUCCUAGUCGCCUGCCUUCUCUCUGCGCUUUAGUGAUUUGAGAUGCAAAAAGCAGAGGGCGCGUCUCCGGACCCGUCUCUACAGGGAAACUGAACUGCAGGAGGGGUGGGGUCUGAACUGGAGCGCUUGCUUGCUUCACUGGUGGUUGGUAAAGGGAGGUGUUAAAGCAAGAUCAAUACGUCUUACUUUUAUUUUUGUUUUUUUCUGUGUACCUACAGAGACGCUCAGGAGCCUUUUUGCUGUUCAUUUUAGACAUAACUUUUGGAAAGAGCAUAUAAUUUUUCAUUAACUGGAAUGGGAGACUGAUCAACUAGCUCAGUUUGUCCUGUGGAUGGCCGCCUCGACUUUUUUUUUUUCUUUUUUUGUGAAAAAAGUACCAGUGUUGGCUCUCAUCACAAACUCUUGCCUUUC